AUGGAUACACAAAAACCAAAAUACAGUCAUGGUCCCAUACAUAACCAAAGCGUUACCCGUCGAAGCAAAUUGUCUAAAAUUCUAACAAAAAACCCCACAGCACCACCACCACCCAUGGCUCAACUGAAAGACAUCGAUACACAAGCCGAUGAAGCUGCGAAUCAACUGAUAUCCACCUACCUAAACGAUUCAUUCUUCAACAGUUUACCCGAAGAGCUGGUCAUGACAACAACAACAACAAAUCCCUUAUCACCACUUUCAACAAUAUCUCCCCACGCACCGCCGCCAACCGAAAAACCAAAAUCCCCUCCUAUUGCUCAAAAAAAUAUUGAAAAAAUGAAAGAAAUAGGUAAACCCACAACUAAACAACGACGCGUGGCGAAUAUCACGCCUCACACCAAUGACAAUAAAAAAUGUCCAGGCAGACCCACACGACACGAAACAUUGACCAAAAUCGCUAAUCAAUCCGAUAAAGAAAGCACUAUAUCGUCAAAAGAAUUAAUUCUAUACACACUAGACGGUAGUGUAAAGAAGAAAAAAACAGUUCUUACAUGCUCACAAGAUGAUAUCAAACUACAAAAUAUGAAACAUUAUAAAUGCUAUGAAUUCAUCACCGAUAUGCAACAAAAAACAUUAAAUUCAAUCAAAGAACAUAAAGAUACUUUAGAAUAUCUCAUUUACAUGGAAAAAAUGUUAGAAAAAAAUAUUUUUAGUGAAAAAAACGUAAAAUAA